GGAGCGGAGCAGUGGAUACAAUCAGUUCCAGGUCGGCGUCGCAGCUGAGCGUACCGAUUUUACCCGUGUAAACUUUCGGCCCCGACUUUGUCCACACCGCCCUUAUCAUGGCCAAACAAUGCGUCUGCAUCGUCGGCUCUGGGAACUGGGGUUCGACGAUUGCCAAAAUAGUGGGAACCAAUGUUCAGAGGUUACCAACGUUUGAGGACCGCGUUACUAUGUAUGUUUACGAGGAGUUGGUGAAUGGGAGAAAGCUGACGGAAAUCAUCAAUGAAACCCAUGAGAACGUGGUGUAUCUGCCCGGCCAUAAGAUUCCAGAAAAUGUGGUUGCCGUACCUGACGUCGUGGAAGCGGCAAAGAACGCUGAUGUACUUAUUUUUGUUGUGCCACAUCAAUUUAUUCGUAGAAUAUGCUCAACAAUAUGUGGCAAAAUUAAGCCCACAGCGGUUGGUCUGUCCCUCAUUAAAGGUUUUGACAAGAAAGAAGGUGGAGGUAUCGAAUUAAUCUCUCACAUUAUUUCCCGAGAACUCGAUAUUCCGGUAUCAGCCUUGAUGGGUGCCAAUUUAGCCUCCGAAGUCGCCGAAGAGAUGUUCUGUGAAACAACCAUAGGUUGUAAGGACAAAGCAAUGGCGCCCAUUUUUAAAGAUCUCAUCCAAACUCCAUAUUUCAGAGUCGUAGUCGUUGAGGAUGUAGACGCCGUGGAAUGUUGCGGCGCCCUCAAGAAUAUCGUAGCUUGCGGAGCAGGCUUCGUCGAUGGUCUAGGUCUAGGUGAUAAUACCAAAGCUGCCGUAAUCCGAAUAGGCUUAAUCGAGAUGAUUAAAUUCGUAGAGGUAUUUUAUCCCGGUGCAAAGUUAUCAACGUUCCUUGAAAGUUGCGGCGUUGCAGAUUUAAUCACCACAUGUUACGGAGGUCGUAAUCGAAAAGUGUCGGAAGCUUUCGUCAAGACCAACAAGUCAAUCGAGGUAUUGGAGAAGGAAAUGUUGAAUGGUCAAAAGCUUCAAGGUCCGUUCACGGCAGAAGAGGUAAAUUAUAUGCUGAAGGCAAGACACAUGGAGCAGGAAUUUCCUCUCUUUACGGCGGUGCACCGGAUUUGCAUCGGCGAAUUGAAACCAUCGGCUUUCAUCGAGAGCAUCCGCAAUGAGCCAAAACACAUGGAUCUCGAGAACGCGACACGCCAGCACAUGCCUACGCCAAGGUGUCAUCUAUGAAGAUCUUAUUCCCUGGAGGAGGCACCAAAAGUGAUAUUUACUUUAAGGAAAUGCCAUCAAGUCAUACUCCGACGGCUCUUCGGCGUGUCCGUUAAAAAUCAGCUACAUCACAUGCUCAAUACUAAUACACACAAACCAUUCGACUCAUCCCUUAUCGAUCAUGUUAACAUCCGCGGAUCUCGACAACCUAUAAGGUAAUUCUCGUAUACCAGUAAAUGCAUUAGGUUAAGAAUCUAUUUACGAGUAGUGUAAAGAUUACUAGGGUAGUUUUGUAUUUUUGCAUACCGCCAUCGAAGGAAGAAACUUUAGAAACGCGCAGUAUACCUUGCACGCACUCCAGUGCGGCUUACCAUACCCUGUACAAUUUUUAAAUAUACCCGUGCAAUUUUCAUAUUUAGCCUUAGUGUGUCUAGGUGCGAAAUCUCUUUUGCGGGAGUAAUCAUUUAGGGUGGUGACUUAUGGAAAAUUAUUCCCUGAGGAGACCAAGGAAGUGCACUUGCAGUCCUCGCUACUGCAGCAACGACACUCAUACGUUGCAUUUCUCUCGCGAUUGGACGUAAUGGUGCCAAUUGUAUUACUAUUUACGUUGUGAAUAUAUUCGACGCGUGAACAUUAU